AUGGACAAAGGCAAAGGAAAGGAAUUUAUCAUUGAUUUGAACGAUGAAAACUUUGAUUACCAAUAUGAUAGCAUUGUUAAAACUGAGUCUGAUGAAGUGGCCAUUCUAGUUUCGAACAAGAUUUUUAAUGAUUUAACUCUUGAAUAUGUAUGGAAGAUGGAGUUUAGCUUAGUAAAGGAGGCAAAAGAAUUUUAUAAUUUAUUUGCUAAAGUUACCGGAUUCAGUGUUAGAAAGGAUGAUGUGAAACGAGAUAAAAAUCAAAAUAUAGUAUCUCGUAAGUGGGUUUGUUUGAAAGAAGGAUAUCGACAUAAAGUGUGUUUAGAGAACGAAAAUCGAAAACAAGAACCUAAGGCAGUAACUCGAGUUGGUUGUGAGACAACAUUUCGGAUUGGGUUUAACAAACAAAUGAAUAAGUGGGUUGUGAAAGAGUUUAUGGCUGAUCAUAAUCAUCCUUUGGUGGAACAAAAAAAUGUCCAAUUCCUUCGAUCCCAUAGGGUCAUUAAAAAUGCAGAUAAAGCUCAAUUGAAUGCAAUGCGAGGUGUUGGCAUUGGAACUAGCCAAAUUAUGGAUUACAUGGUGCAACAAUCAGGUGGAUAUAACAAUGUUGGCUUCACAAAAAAAGAUCUAUAUAACCAUGUUGAUGCUGAUCGUAGAGUUCAUCUAAGAGAUGGUGAUGCAGAGGGUGCUUUGGCUUAUUUGUGUGGAAAGUCUGAAAUGGAUCCAUCAUUUUAUUACAAGUACAAUGUUGAUGAAGACAACCAUCUAGCAAACCUGUUUUGGGCAGAUUCUACUAGUAAAUUGGAUUACAGUUGUUUUGGAGAUGUGUUAGUAUUUGAUACAACUUAUCGGACUAAUGCUUAUAAUAAACCGUUGGUCAUACUAGUUGGCAUUAACCAUCACCAUCAAACCAUAGUGUUUGGAUGUGCAUUAUUGGUAGAUGAGAGUGUUAGCACUUAUACUUGGGUCUUGGAGACUUUUUUGGACGCAAUAAAUAACAAGAAGCCUCUUUCUGUUAUUACUGAUGGGGAUAAAGCAAUGCGUAAAGCCAUCAGGAGGAUAUUUCCAUACUCUUGUCAUCGAUUAUGUGCUUGGCAUAUUCAACGCAAUGCAUUCACUAAUGUCCAUGUCAAAGAUUUUACUAAUCAUUUUUCUAAGUGCAUGUUCAUGGAAGACACCGUUGAAGAAUUUGAAUGUGCAUGGAAUGACAUGUUGGAAAUGUUUAAUCUUCAUGGACAUAAGUGGGUGACAGAUAUAUAUGCUAAGCGUUCUAGAUGGGCAGAGGCUUAUUUAAGGGGGCAUUUCUUUGCUGGUAUGAAAAGCACACAAAGGUGUGAGAGCAUGAAUGCAUACUUGAAUCGUUUCCUUAAAACUCGUUUGAAGCUGUUUGAGUUUGUCAAGCAUUUUGAUAGAGCACUCUCACGUAUUCGUCAUAAUGAGGCAAAGGCAAAGUUUGAGUCACACCAUUCUCCAACUGUUCUAACAACCAAACUCUAUGCACUUGAGAAAUAUGCAGGGACUGUUUUCACAAGGCAAUCUUUUCUAAAAUUUAGGGAUGAGAUGAAGAAUGCAGAAUUGUUUUUCCCUGUCAGUACAGAAAAUCAUGGAGGUUAUCGUGUCCAUACAUUGACCAAGUUUAGAAGCCCUGACAAGAUUUGGAAAGUAUGUUAUGGUAAUAGUGAUCGGUCUAUGAAAUGUACUUGUAUGAUGUUUGAGUCAGUUGGUUUUCCAUGUCCCCACAUGAUUGUUGUAAUGAAGAUAGAACACCUUAAAGAAAUACCUGAGACUUGUAUUAUGAAAAGGUGGUCUAAGUUAGCAAAAGAAACGGUCCAAGUUCAUCAUGACAAUGAAAGUCAAGGUGAUGCGACUAACAGCAUACGAUAUGGUGCACUCAGCUCUAUGUGCUCACGAAUGUCUUAUUUCGCAUCUCAAUCGGAAAAAGCUUUUAAAGAGGCUAGAUGUGAAAUACAAAGACUCAUUUGUCAAAUGGAAGAACUUUGUAAAAAUUCAGUGGAAGAAAGUGAGCAAGAAGAUUUGAAAGCUAUAAAACACCAUGUUCGAGAUCCUAUCAUUGUGAAGACGAAAGGUAAUCCGGGUAACUUAAAAGACAAAUUUAAGAAACCAAGGCAUUGUGGGAAAUGUAAGAAAGUUGGACACACUGUUCGAAAAUGCCCAGAGUUCGUCAACACUCACAAUGCAUUUAUCAACAUUGAAGAUUCAAUUGAAGAUAUGACAACACUUGGCACAUUUCAGAAUGGUCCAGAAACAAGCUUAAAUGAUUCAUGGCUCGGGUUACAUCCACCAAAUUACUUCACAAACCAAGUAAGAGUCAUAGAAUAA